AUGACACAACGCCAACGCAUACAGGUGUUGAAAAGAGAGGGCCUCCAAGCUGCGAGAAACAACUGCAGAAUCCUAUUGGAUCUUGUAGCCCGCGGGAAACUAGCCAAAUUCGGAUACUGGGACUCGGUCCACGCCUUCAGCAGCCUCUCCAUCAUGUCCAUCUCGCGAGCCGUAGCGCCCGAUCUCAGUGAGAGCCCACAAUACAAUGAUGAUGCAUACCUUUACUCCCAGUGCCGCAUCAUGCUGAAGGACAUGGCCGAGGCGGGGAACCCUGCAUCAAAGGACCACCACCUUCUCCUCGCGGACGUUGAGAACAUUGUGCAGAACUUGACGGAGAGUGCCGCCCAGGACAGAUCUGCAGAGAGGCCGGUGGAGGUGGAGACGAUGACCCCUUCGCUUGACCUCGGCGAACACUUAUGGUCGGAUGCGGAUUGGGUCAAUUUUCUGAAUACAUAUUCACAUACGAUGUGA